UAACAACAAAGAGUGGCGUAAUUGUUUUGGAAUUCACAAAAAUUGUAAAUUAUUAGCAAGUGCAACAAAAAUUUUAGUAAAAAUGUUGGAAUUAGAAGUGAUACCUGAACGAUCUCUCGGCUGCGACAACUGGGAGUUUGCAUUAGGCAUGCACUUUUCGCAGGCAGUAACGAUAAUCCAGAGUCUCGUAGGCACAAUAAAGGGCGUUCAAGUUCACUAUUCGUCGGAAAAUCCCUUGGGCGUCGACUUGAUAAUCAACAUGCCUCUCGACGGAAUUCGCUUAAUUUUCGAUCCUGUCGUCCAAAGACUCAAAAUCAUCGAAGUGUUCAACAUGAAGUUGGUAAAGCUGAAAUAUUGCGGAUUGGAGUUCAAUUCGCCAGCAGUUGCUCCGAGCAUCGAACAGAUCGAACAUUCGUUCGGGGCAACGCAUCCGGGAAUUUAUGACAGUGCGAAACAGGUUUUUGUCCUGCAUUUCCGGGGAUUGAGUUUUUAUUUUCCUGUCGAUAGUAAACCACAGCCUGGAUACGCCCACGGAUUGGGUUCGUUACAUUUUGACAGCGGAAAGUCGCCCGUUGUCGCGAAAAUGGCGAUUUUUAGUGGCGCGAAUAUCGCAGAGAGCAAACCGCCGGCACUGCCCUUGCAAUGUUAUCAUUCGCAAAUUUAUCUGGAGUCAGCGACGGUUUUGCGAACGAAUUACGGAACGCGAGGCUUGAGACUGAAUUUGUACACGGAAGGCACGGUUCGCACGUUGGAACAAAAAAAGCAGUGUUUCACGCGCGAAAUUUACUUUGGCGACACAUGUCAAGAUGUCACUUCGAGUAUCGGGUCCCCGUCACGGGUCUUCUACAAAAGCGAAGAUAAGAUGCGAAUUCAUUCCCCGAGCGCCCAACGAGCGGGCCAGCCCAAACGCAGCGACUUUUUCUUCAAUUAUUUCACGCUCGGCAUCGAUGUGCUGUUCGACGCGAACUCGCAACGCGUCAAAAAAUUCAUUCUUCACACAAACUAUCCCGGGCACUACAACUUUAACAUGUACCAUCGUUGCGAAUUUCAACUGCAACUCGCUCCCGACAAAAUUGCCGAAGACCAACCCAUCAACAGCAUGGUCAGCGUCACCGCUUACAGCAAAUGGGACUCCAUUAGUAAUCGUUUGACGCCUGCUGAACGUCCUGUGGUCCUCCAUCGCGCCGGAAGCACCAACACUGCCAAUCCCUUCGGCUCGACCUUCUGCUACGGCUACCAAGACAUCAUUUUCGAGGUCAUGCCAAACAACUACAUUGCCUCCCUGACCAUUUACAACAACAAUGCGGGCGCCAACAUGUACGAACUCAUGAGCAUGAACAGCAAAAGUUAUCGGAAACAGGCCAAUAGUGUCGCCAACAACAUCGAAAUUGACACCAAAAUCUCCUUGUAAGCCUAAAAACACGCAAAAAAAAAAUGACAGAAUCUUUCUUUCGUCAAAAUAUUUUUCGAAAAAAAAGUUAAUGACCUUGAAUAGUUUCAACUUUAUUUUCUUAUCAAAUCAACAACCGACCACGUAAAAAUAUGUAGGAAUGUAACGAAAACAACAACAACAACAACACGGUGAUACGCAAUAAAAUAAUAUUUAUUUGCUAGAUGAUGACACUUCUUCAGUAGUAACAGUUUUUUGAAUUAUAUUUUACAAAGAAAGCUUCGUAUCUGCACGACCUUUGAUAGUAUUUAUUUAUAAAUGAAUGCAAAUA